AUGAAUGCGCUGAAGACUCUUUUGAAGCUAUUAGCGCCUAAGAAGAAACAAGUCCCAACUGAACUACUAGGCACUUUGGGUGUAACUCUUAUUAAGCAUACUAAACUAUUUCGUGUUAAGGCCGAAUUUAAAGGGCAUGCCGCCGUAAUUACAGAUAAAGAUCCCAAGACUUUAUUUGAUGUGUUUAAACAUGGAACUCUAGUGCUUAAGAUAGGCAGUAAAAGAAGAAAGAUUAAGACUGAUAGUAUCUCAGAAACAUUGCAAAUCGACCAAGCUGGUGCAUCUUUACUCGUUGAAUAUCGGCCCAACAAGAAGAAGUUGUCAACUGAAGACUUCUUAUUCCUCAGAGUACUUGGCCAAGGGACUUUUGGGAAAGUAGUUCUAGCUAAGCAUAAGAAAACAGGCCGGUUGUAUGCCUGUAAGAUCAUUAAGAAAACAGCUGAGAAAGACUCAAUUGAUAAGAUGAUUAACGAAAAGGAUAUUUUACAAAAGAUAAGCUCGCCGUUUUUGAUUCAUUUACUGGCCUCAUUUCAAACGGCUGAACGUGUUUACUUGAUUCUGCCCUAUGUAGAAGGGGGAGAGUUGUUUAAACAUCUUCAGGACGAGAAAGCUUUCUCUGAAGAUAGAGCUAGAAUUUACAUAGCUGAGUUGUUGAUUGCUGUAGAGCACUUACACCGGAAUGGUAUUAUUUAUCGUGAUUUAAAGCCCGAGAACAUUUUGUUAGAUCGUGAAGGCCAUAUCGUACUUUGUGAUUUUGGCAUGAGUGUGCAAAAUGAAGUGGCCCGUACUUACUGUGGUACACCCGAGUAUAUUGCACCGGAAAUAAUUAGAGGUGAUGCUUAUACUGAAGCAGUUGACUACUAUACUUUAGGAGUUCUGCUCUACGAAAUGGUAACGGGCAAUCCGCCAUUCCUAACUGGGGAGGGAGAAGAUCGUGAUGAUUUAGAGAACAAGAUCCUUUUUUCCGAGAUAGAGUACCCUGAAGGCCUUUCCAGUGAAAUCAAAAGACUAAUUAGCCGGCUAGUCCGUAAAAGUCCCGAAAGGCGGCCCAAAGCCGAAGAGAUCAAGCAAGAACCCUUUUUUAGCGGCCUAGAAUGGGAUAGAGUGGAAAGGAAAGAGUAUAUGGCUGAACUUAUCUCUGUAGAAGAUGACAAAGAAGAAAGCAAUCCAGCCGAGGCUUCCGGAGAAUCAAAUGCAGUUGGUUACAAACAAACAAUCCCUGGAUUUACUUAUUGCAAGGAAGAAUGGGAUGGUUAG